AUCAUUGCUGAAUUAUGGGUAAAUACAUAUGUAGGCGAUGAUAUCGAUCGCAUUGAGAUAAGAUCUGAAGAAGAAACUACCAGAGCUAAUCAAUCCUACAAUUAUAGGCAGGUCGUUAUGGUCACAUACGGUAGAGCUAUUGAUAUGCGUGGAAUGUGCAGCGCUGGUCAAAAAAUGUUAGCAUUAAUUAUAAUUAGAUUGGCAUUGACAGAAACUUCUUGUAUAAAUUGUGGUGUUUUCGUUCUUGAUGAACCUACCACAAAUCUUGAUGAAGGAAAUAUUGAAAAUUUGGCGGCUGGCUUACGAGGAAUACUUGAAUCUCGUCGAGGGCAGUCAAACUUUCAGUUGAUUGUCAUCACUCAUGAUGUCAACUUAUCAAGAAUGAUAGGGAAGCUCAAUAUUCUGAUAAGUUUAAUAAGUUUAUCAAAGUUUCGAAGAGAAAGCAAUGGUUAUAGCUCUGUUAGGAAAAAAUAUUGGCAAUUACCAGGAUCAGAUAAUGAAGAAAACGAUAGCGAAUAG